UGGGAUAUCUAUUUCAGCAUACAACAAACCGAGUGGGCAGUGGCUGAUUCCAAGAACAUAUGAACCAUUCACAUGGCGAAGCUUAACCGAGGGUGACCCGAAGCUCCAGAUCAACCUUUGUUGCACUGGUUGUCGCGGUCUUGGCGUUGUUCUACUUUCUACUCCAUACUCCAUGAAAGGGCUGAUCGAAAAUAGAGCAACCCAUCCUCAGAAUCAAAUGCAAGAACGUGCCAGAAAAGAAACAAAGACGAAGACGUCGUUCAAAGGCACCUAAUCCAUGCUAUUUGCAGAUCCCAGAGGCUUUUAUCGAACAGGAGUCUGGCCAGGGUCCUCUUAGCGGCUAAUUACCGGCUGAUACUGCCAGCCAGAAUGAGUAUGCCAACGAAGUCGAUCUUCCUGAUGGGGGCUCCUUUGCCAGAGAACCUGGUAUGGGAUGAGGAAGGACUCCUGAAUGCCCCGAUACCCCCGUUCAGCGGAGAGAAUAUCAGUGACGGGGAGACGCACGCAGCCUCUGCUACUCACUCAGUCAGGUGGAGGGUUUUGCAGGGUUCCAGAAGGGCCUCAGAAACAGCUGCAGAUCCUUUGCGGGGAAGUGAAGAAGCUCUCUUUUUGACCCCUCGAGAUCUCAAUGUCGUUUCCGUGGAGGAUCCUGCGUUUGGAGGCUGCGGAGGAACAAGCUCUGCAGACGAUCCCGACGUCCUCUCGAAAUUCUAUAAUCAUUCGUUCACAAUCUACGAGACUUCUGCAGCAGCUCUCCCGGCUGAAUCUACGGACUGGGAGUCCAGUGGUGACAGUGUCCAGACAAGCAGUACUGGCAUCACCCACGCUGGCCAGGGAGGCCCUUUGGUAGGAUCUUUCCCUCCCAUACGGGGAACAAUCAGCGAUCUGAAAGACAUUCCGAACGCGGCCUAUCUGCAUUCGAUUGUUCCCCAGACCAUGACUGUCAAUCUCGUGGUGGGCGUGAUCGCCGUGUACCCGCGCCGCCGUGUCUUAACCCGGUGGCAACGGGAACUGGAUAUUGUCGAGCUGAUUGUGGGGGAUAACACCAAGGCGGGGUUUGGCGUGACCAUCUGGCUUCCUCCGGCAGAGCAGACAACUAAGGAGACCAAUUCUGAGCGGGGGGCUGGCGGAGGCAUCCGUGCGGAUGCUCUUGGACAGGCCGUGGCAGGACUCCGCCCACGAGACAUCGUGCUGCUCCGGACGGUAGGCUUAAGCUCGUUCCGGGAACGGGUCUACGGCCAGAGCCUCCGCCAUGGUCUGACCCAGAUCGACCUGCUAUACCGCCAGCCUGUCGACUUGAACGAUCCCCCGGGCAUAUACACCUCGCGGGCGAUCGAUGCGGCCAGCGCGGACGAUCUGCGGACACAGAAAGUCCGCCGAGUCCGCGACUGGAUCAGGAACUUUGUUGGCUCGGGGCCGGAUGAGGCAGGCGGUGACCCUGGAAUGUGCGGCGCCUCGAAUCGGAGGCCUUUGCUCCCGCCAGACACGCAGUAGUAAAUUCAAACAAUCAUGGGGAGAAACGAAACAAGAAUAGUAACUACUAAAUAAUAGCAUCCUCACUCAGCCACCGCAGGCAAUGCAGGCAAUGC